CCUCAAUCAGUUAGCUAGCCAAGCUGAUUAGCCUGCUACUACAAGCUAAUGUUUGUAUGCUGUUUAAUGUUGUAGCUGAAUCUGAUUGGAUGAUAUAGUGAGUGCAGAAAAAUGGCGGACGUAGCGGGGGAAGAAAUUUGUUCCCCGGUCCCUCCGUUACCUCACCCUUCCUCCCGUAACGGCUCCGGCAGCGGUAACGUUACACCGGGCACCGGCGGCAGCUGCCAGACGGCAACCACCGUUACUUCAGGCCCGCGGCUGGUUCGGAUAGUAAAGUCUGACUCCGGCUAUGGGUUCAACGUUAGGGGGCAAGUUAGUGAAGGAGGGCAACUACGGAGCAUCAACGGGGAACUCUACGCCCCACUGCAGCAUGUUAGUGCGGUCCUUCCGGGAGGUGCCGCCGACAGAGCCGGCAUUUCGAAAGGGGACCGGAUUCUUGAGGUCAAUGGGGUUAAUGUGGAAGGCGCAACACACAAGCAGGUGGUGGAUCUGAUCCGGGCCGGUGAGCGAGAGCUGGUGCUGGCCGUGUUGUCCGUUCCUCCCCAGGAGGCCGACUGCCUGGAUCCCGGAGACGAUGGAUCAGCCCAGUCCUGCUACGACUACUCCGACAAGCAGGCAGUGCCUAUCUCAGUUCCCAGCUACAAGCACACUGAGCUCAACCAUGAAAAGUUUGUGGUGUAUAAUGUGUACAUGGCAGGCAGACAGCUGUGCUCCAAGCGUUACCGGGAGUUUGUGAUUCUACACCAAAACCUGAAGAGGGAGUUUGCUAACUUUACUUUUCCCAAGCUACCUGGAAAAUGGCCUUUUUCCCUUUCGGAGCAACAGCUGGACGCACGACGCAGAGGCUUGGAGGAAUACCUGGAGAAAGUGUGCUCGGUCCGGGUCAUUGGAGAAAGUGACAUCAUGCAGGAAUUCCUGUCUGAAUCAGAUGAGAAUUAUAACGGAGUGUCGGAUGUGGAGUUGAGAAUAGCCAUGCCAGAUAAAACCACACUCACUGUCAGAGUUCGCAAAAACUCAACUACAGACCAGGUCUAUCAGGCUGUAGUUAUGAAACUAGAGAUCGACAGUGUAACAGCCAGCUACUUUGCUCUGUUCGAGGUCAUCAACCACACCUUUGUGCGUAAGCUUGCCCCCAAUGAGUUCCCCCACAAACUGUAUGUACAGAACUAUACCUCAGCCAUCCCAGGAACCUGCCUCACCCUACGCAAGUGGCUUUUCACCACAGAAGAGGAGAUUUUACUCAGUGACAACCAGCUCGCUGUCAACUAUUUCUUUCACCAGGCUGUGGAUGAUGUGAAGAAAGGCUUCGUCAAAGCUGAACAGAAGUCUUAUCAGCUACAAAAGCUGGCCGAGCAGAAGAAGAUGUCCAUGUACUUGAGUUUGUUGCGAACUUGUGAGGGCUACAACGAGAUCACAUUCCCCCACUGUUCCUGCGACUCCCGACGUAAAGGCCAUGUGAUCACAGCCAUCAGCAUUCACCACUUCAAGCUGCAUGCCUGCACAGAGGAGGGGACGCUCGAGAAUCAGGUGAUUGCGUUUGACUGGGGGGAGAUGCAGAGGUGGGACACGGAUGAAGAGGGCAUGGCCUUCUGCUUUGAAUAUGCACGAGGAGAGAAGAAGCCACGCUGGGUCAAGAUAUUCACUCCUUAUUUUAACUACAUGCAUGAGUGCUUUGAGAGAGUCUUCUGUGAGCUGAAAUGGAGGAAGGAGGUGGAAGAGGAGGCUACAGACAAGGACAAUAAGAACUGCAGUAAAGAUGGUAUGUGUGGCAAGAAUAUUUUCCAGCUGCUGAGGCACAGAAGGGAUGGGGCCACCUAGGAAGGGAGAUUGUUACCUCUUAACUACGCCACCGCCUCAGCUCAGUUUUGGCUCCGACCUUCCCCCCAUACCCACCAAUGAUCAGCUAUUAACUACUCGGACAUCAUUUAAAUUCCAUCAACUUCAACAUGAGAAGCUACUCCUUACAUGCAAAUCAACAAGCAUCUGCUGAUGAACAUGUUGAAUGAACAGACGCAUAAAAAAAAACAAAAAAAACCCAAAACACUAAAGACUCGCAAACCAGAACUCUUUAAUCCAACACAUCACCACCAUGCAUUACACAGAGCUCUGCCAAAAACGAGGCAUCUGUAGACUCAAAGUGAUGAAUUCAUGCAAGCCUUCUUCUGCUUAUUGGCAGGGACAUGAAGUGGAAUAUGAUGUGCAAAUGAGGAGGUUUUGAACCUCCUUUGAAGAAGUCCUACUUGAAAAAGAAAGCUGAAAAGAUUGGUGGACAAAGAAGGGACAGUGAAAGUUGUUAGUGCUCAGAAAGAGAACCACAAUCAAGCAUUAAUCAAUGAGACAGAGGGCUGUUCACAGAUAGAUGCUUAGGUUCUCAGUUUAUGGAUUAGAGCUGCAGUCCAUGCAUGUCAUUAAUACAUGCAGGAAGCCCCAUCAGCUAAGAAAGAAAGGGCAAACCAGAGUCAGACCCUGAUAAAGUAAGUUACAGCUGAACACAUCACUUAACAUUCAUUUCCGUUUCCUGGAAGCUGCAUUUGCACUCAUAAAGUAAAACUAUUAACAUAUUAAUGUGACAAAUGAAAGAAGCAAUGGAGAAAGGAAAGGGUUUUUUUGUUUUUUGCUUUUGGGGUGCAUAUUUCAAACAGAGCAGAGACAUGUCAAUCUUUAGAAAUAUGUUGCACUUUAUCAGCAGUGUUAACGGCCUCCUAAUGUGCAAAGUAUAAUCUAAAAAGACGACAGUCGGCAUUAUACUGGAAUAAGCUCAGACUCGCAUACAUGUAUUCAUUUAUCACUCUCUACAGUGGGGUUAUAUACUGUAUGAGUGUGCAGAGCCAUGCAUUAAAUUCUUAGGUAUUUGCAGUCUUACAUGAACACUCAAUGCAAAAUGUUUAAGGCCAUCGUGGUGCAGCAGUGUUGUGGAGCUCCAUUCAGACAUGUGACAUUGUGCUUUACCUAGAAGAGGCAGCAGAGGUCCUUGUCCUCCUGCCUGCUCUUGAGCUUGCAGUUAUUACUUUUUUUUUUCCUGAGAGCUCCCACAGGAUUUAUAAUGGGCCUGCAAUUCAGAUGGCCUUUCUGUGCAGCACUAUUUAUCUCUGAAUCUGGUGCUUUGCUGUUAAAUCACUUAUUCACUGCAAAUUCAGGUUAAAUAGGAUGAACUCAGAUCAAAAGCAGUGGCUUUAUCCUUUAACGAUUUGAUAAAAUAAAGAUUGCACUGCGCCGCCAGUGAUUAAAAAUGGUAAAGAUCAACAGUUUAAUGCCAUCUCUAAACGGGCCCAGUUAAAGUUCUCAUUAAGAAAAUGUAAUAAAAAUUACGUAAUGAGCUCGAACCUAAUUAUUUGAUGAUGCAAUACUGAGGCCAACAAACCCUAACCCUAACCCUAACAAAAAUUACAGUUCAUUGUGUCAUUAAAACCUGGUGCUGUGACAGCUGAAAUUAAACAUUUGUUGUUGCUUACUGCAAUAUUACGAUGUUGCAGUCUUAUUAAUCAGAUCUAAAUGACUUUAUUGCACUUUUUAUUUUCUUCUUAUUUUGAAAGUUACCAAUCAGUUUGACAAAUAUUGCACGGUCAGUUGCUUUUGCAAGAUAAAAAGAGUGGCGUGUUCGGUUAUCAUUAUAGCAAUAGGAAUAUUAUGAAAAAUCAAUAUACUGAAAGCUGAGACAUUUCCUUAGGUUUAAAUUAAAGCUUCUUCUGAAUCAGUAGCAAAUUUAUAAAACAGCCACAUUAUAGAGUUAUAGAAACAGAAUAUGAUGUCACUGGAUAUCAUUAGUAUUAAAGGUAUCUGCAAGCCAGUAAGGAGCUUUAAUUUUAAAAUGACUCUAACUAAGAGUCCUUGUUAAUAUGAUAGUGCUGUUCACAGAAGCAUUUUUGGGUGAUUAAUAGGCUUCAGCAGACCUUUUCUGGAGGUAAAGAGGAGGUUUAAUUGAAUGUGUUGAGCCUUGAAUUGAGAGACUGAAGGCGCAGUCCUAAAGGCUGAACACAUUUCCCCAGGAUUCGUGUCUGCUUACUGAACCAUGUCUGACACAGUCGAUUGUCUGACUUUGCCUGAUCUGCCCACCUUCAAGUGUGGGCUUACCCACCCCACCUCCUACACACACGUGCGCACACGUUCUCAUUUUGACUGAAGUUAAAUGUCACGUACAUUAUUAUUUAUUUCAGUUAGAUAUGCUUUUAAAUUCAACUGAUAAGUGUCACACUAAUAAGAGGGCGGAGAAUGACAACCUGCAGAGCCUUUGACAUGUUGAAAUGUAAAAUUUAAGUGUUUGGUUACAUCGCUUACUGUAAUAAAUUGUAACAUAUUCUUUUAAAUAAACCGAUUUAUUGAUGCAGA